UCUUUCUAGACAUUAAUAUUUCAAGUCAAACUAAGCAAUUUAUUUUGUUAGUCACUCUCAAACUUUAUCUCACUUAUAUAUACGCUAAUAAAUUUGAUUAAUUUGAAGGCAACUUAAAAUUCUUUUCUUUAUGAAUUUGGGAAUCAACUUAAAAGUUAUUGUGCCUUCGUUGAUCUCCCCCAACCCAUUCUUCCACUCCAAAAUUAUGCCUGAGUAUUGCAGUUCCCCAUGGGCAGAUAAGUUCAUAACAUGUUUCAAGCUCAAACCAAGAAUCACCACAUAUAUUCUUAUAAAAGAAUAUACAAAUAAACAUAUUUGUGAAAUGUACAAUCCUAGUUCCGUGGUCAAACGAGAAGUCUUUCCUUCCUUUAGUAGGAAAUUCCUUGUGUUUUUUCUUUGGUUAAACAAGAAUAAGGCAUAUCCGUUUACAUCAUCUUUGAUGUCUUACAUGGGAAGCAAAGUUCACAGUAUACAUAAUCCCUAAUCAACUGUAUCCAAAUACCCAAGCAAAAGUACUUAAAUAUCCAAAAACAAAAAUCAGAAAACCACCCAUAAUUUCAAAACAUGGAGAAGAUGGAGCAUUUCAGCCACAUCCACCCUCUUCUGUUAAAGCAGGAAGACAGCAAUUACAACAACCAAGUCCUUUGCUCAGGUUGUGAAAAACUAAUUUCAGGUCCUGUCUUCUGCUGCGUCCAAUGCAACUACGUCCUUCACAAAAAGUGCGCACAAAUUGCACGCCAUGUGAAACACCCAUUUCACCCUCAACACCCCCUUGUUCUCCUUUCCACCACCCCUUAUGAAGGACCAUACAUAUGUGAUUCCUGUAGAGGCCUCUUCAUUAACUUCGUAUACCAUUGUUAUCAUUGCAACUAUGACCUUGAUGUCUCAUGUGGUUCUCAGUUUAACCCUGAUGAUGGCCACAAGCAUGAGUUUUUGUCUGUGACAAAUCCACAAUCUUUUGUUUGUUAUGCUUGUGGCAUGCAUGCAAACGAGGGUCUUGCUUGCUUAUGCACCAUUUGUCAGAUUUGGGUUCAUUCUAGCUGCGCUGAAUUGCCUCUUGCUAUUAGAAUAAAAGGUCAUGACCACCCUUUGAAGCUCACUUAUACCCUUCAUGUUUAUGGUUUCUGGGGUAACUUAACUUGUGGUGUUUGUAAUGAAGCAAUGAGUCCAGCUUUUGCGGGUUACUUUUGCUCAACAUGCAAAUUUGCCGUGCAUUUGAAGUGCCCGCAACAAUAUUUAAGAGGAGAGUACGAAGAUGAGGAAUCAUUCACAGGCUAUCAAACUGAGGAAUCUCAAGAUAUUGAUUUUACUUUUAGUUUCUUUGGUCAUGAACAUUUGUUGAAGUUCACGGAGGAAGAGAGUGAUGAUGAUGUGAAAUAUUUUGAUAAACUCUGUGAUGCGUGUGUCCGACCCAUCAUGCCACCUUUCUUUUCCUGUGAAGAAGAAAAUUGUGGCUUCUUUUUGCACCAAAGUUGUGCCGAAUUACCAAGAACGAAGCAACACCCGUUUCACACGCACCCUCUAACUCUUCAAUCCAAGGCUCCUUAUGAUGGCAUUUACAAGUGCGACGGAUGCAGAAGAUUGAGCAAUGGUUUUGUUUACCGUUGUGAUGUGUGUCAAUUCGACCUUGAUGUUUGUUGUGGUACCCUUGAAGAGAGAAUUGAACAUGAAAGUCACGUGCAUCCCUUGUUCCUCAAGAAGACAAGCGUUUCUAGGCAGUGCAAAGGUUGUCAUCUUUGGUCGAAGCUUGUGUAUGUGUGUGAUGUUUGUGAGGAUUUUUCUGUUGAUUGUGGAUGUGCUACUCUACCGAGUAAGACUUGGCACAUGUAUGACAAGCAUCCUCUAAGUCUAAACUAUUUCGUGGAAGGGAGUUUGAGGGAAAAUGAAUGUGGCAUUUGCAAUGAGAAAAUGUCUCCGAAGCAAUGGUUUUAUUAUUGUGAUGAUUGUGACUCUGGUGCUCACCCUUCUUGUGCUGUUGGCAAGUCUAGGCGUGUGAAGUUUGGAGGCAGUUUCAAAUAUGAUGUUCACUCACACCCUCUUGCUUUGGUUGAAGAAACUGAGCAGAACAAUGAAUGCGGAGCCUGUGGUGAACGCUGCAAUGGAUGGACACUUGAAUGUGGCCAAUGCAAAGGCUACUUUCACCGGGAAGGACAGUGUUUUUGGAAAGAAUUUAAAAAGAGUGCAAAGUAUUUGGAGUUAUCAGGAAUGAUGAGACACAGGUAUGCAGCAAACGUGUUGGCCUCCACGCCCAAUGCUACCACAAACUGAGGGCCUCACUAUCCCUCCAUAAUUAAGAAAACUACACUAUGUUACGUUAUGUUAUAUGUGUAAUUAAACUGAUAUAAUAUGUUAGGUAGUCUCCCUGAUUCUCAUCUUUAUCUUUAUAUUAUACAACACAUUCCUUGUUCAUAUGCAAGACUAGUUCUUCUCAUGAGUAAUGCCAGUAUAGGCACUGCCUAUCGAAAACGUUUGUGCAAGUAUUUUAUUUUAGCUUUUGUUUGUUCUGGGACUUGUAGUCAUGUAUGUGUGUGUUCACAUGAGUAUUGUC